AGGGUCCAUUUCAAACGGAUAAAUCCUUAUUGUAACCCGGAACGGAAUGUUCUGGAACGGCAGCUGUUCCGAAACAGCUUCUUAGUACAGAGAAAUCGGGUAAAAUGACUUCACGCCUAAGUCGAAUGUGGCCCAUCCUCGCCCGGGUUCGUUUGAGCUCGGUGCUCGGAAGUCGCUGUGUGUCACAGACGCCGAAAUCCAACGCGUCCGGCGCGGCGACGGCGUCCGAUCUGCAGCCCGUGUCUCCCGCUGCUCAGGACAUUCAUGGACACGCAGAGGUCAGCCCGUUUGAGAAGAAUCCAGAUUUCCAUGGCUUCCAUCAUCAGGACUCGUUUGUGGAUGAAUGGAACAUGAGGUUGGCAUUUUUCUUUGGCAUCUCAGUGGCCAUUGUUAUCGGAGGCACUUUCAUCCAUUACUUACCAGAUCACGGUAUGAGGCAGUGGGCUCGCCGGGAAGCUGAGAGGUUGAUCAAACAGAGGGAAGCUUACGGUCUUCCCCUCAUGACUGAAAACUAUUACGACCCCAGCAAGAUUAUUCUUCCCUCAUCUGGAGAGGAGUAGACAAUAUUCUGUCAAUAAAUAUCCUGUUAAUUAGUGUUUGAUUGUACAUUUGACUCUCCUCAACUGUUAUAAUAAAAAUAUAUAUGUUAUAACAUAGUGGUAUGUAAUAACUUAUACUUGCAGAAACCAGUAGAAUUAACUUUGUGUUUGCAAACAAAUGGGCACAAUAAAGUUGGAAGGAAUGGACGUUUAGUUGAUAAA